CACGCACUUGACAGCGCGCGAUAUUUUUUCACGAUUAUAUUACGGAGACUGGUACCGAUUGGUAGUGUGCGGAUCUUGUGUAGUAAAGCCAACUGACUUGUUGUUGAUUGCCUUUCGAAUCAGUUCUUCAAGCUGUUAAGUUGACUUUUAAGCGGAAAAAGGCUUCUUAAAGGUCCCAAAGAAAAGACAAAGAAUUUAUUAAGCACAGGAUCGACUCAAUCAGCUCAAUCACUCGAUCGGACGCUAAAAUCUGGCAAUUCUCUUGCAAGGAUUCGGUUACACAAUACCACUAUAGCUGACUCGUUGCCUUGGAAGUUCGAAUAAUUUGCAGCCUUCUUGUAGUGUUUCUAUGGUUCUAAGGCAGCUAAAUACCAUGAAUGAUGGUGAGGUCGUCAAGGAAGGACAUCUAAAACGACUGAAGGUAGGAAAUUUAUUUAUUAAAAUGUCCAUUUCGACUUCUUCCCCAGCUAUCAUUGACGACAUAAAUGCUUGAGAGUCGAUGAUUUAACUUUUUUCCUUGUAAUAAAAAUAUUGGACCGAUUUUUAUUGAUUUGAAUGCCUUCUUUAUCAGAAUCGCUGCUCACAAUUUUUUAGCUCUUAGAAUUAAAACGUUGCUGUAUUUGGAAGAUCGAACUGCAUUUUAAAACUCAUGUUUGGCUAGUUUGUUGUUGUUUGCGUGCGCGCGCUCCUAUUGCAACACCUCCUUGAACAUUUUGCGAGCAGUCUAAACUUGCACCCUCCGAUCACACGUUCUUAAGCUUCUAGAACGUUUACGACUUAUUUUGAAUAAUUUCAGGGCUUCCCUCUUUAUCACGAUCGUGAAUAAAAAUCUCGAUUGUUUUCUAAAAUGUAACAUAAACUCAAGUACCCGUUUUGUCACCGGCGAGUGAUUCAUUUAGCGGAUUAAGCAUGUUUUCAAAAAUACAAUGUUGUUUGGAUUAGGCUAGACGAAUUUGCAUCUUCACUCGAGGUGCCCUUUAUUUCAAUUGUGUUAUGUUUUGCCAUGCCUUUUAGCUUGAGGCUACAUAGAACAAACUAGGAAAUUGGAAAAGUAUUCGUGCGAGUGAGCGACAAAUUGAAUGACAAUGUCUUCUUAUUCGUGUGACGUGAAGCGCGGAAAAGCGAAUAUUGAAUGGUAAAUGCAAAUGUUUACGAAAUAUUCAUUUACUGUGGAAAAUUGCAGUUUUAAAAAAGCUGCAGACAUAGGGCAUUUCAGUUGAUUUUAGCAACAAUGUUGAGACCUUUUAAAAAUUUAAAAAUAAAAUAAACUACGUAUUUUGUGCUAGAUUUAUCACUAUUGAGAAAGUUCAGUACAUAACACGAUUUACAAUAACAUUGAUACUGAGUACGAUGUGAUUAGCUUUCGAUUUGUUUCUUUUUCUCAUUUUGUUAACAGACUCACAAGAAACGCUACUUCGUUCUUCGCUCUUCUCCAAGAAAGGGGAAAUCGCGGCUGGAAUACUAUGAAAGUGAGAAGAAAUAUCGCCAAAAUAGUUCGCCGAAACGUGUCAUAUACCUCGCGAACUGUUUUAAUAUUGCUAGGAAAGAAGAUUCGAAGCACAAAUUGGUCUUCGUCUUGUUUACACACGAGGACAAGUUUGGCCUCGUUGCUGAAACAGAAGAUGACCUAAAUUCAUGGCUAAAGAGUUUGAAGAUUGAGCAGAGAAAAGAUGAAAUCUUAAAUUCCUCGGGUGGGUAAUUUUAGCGUUAUUCAUUAGGUAAUAGUCUAUUAAAGAAAAAGCCCCAGUGGCCAAUCUUUUAAUUAGAAGAAAGUGCGUCAUUAUGUUUUCAAUAAUUGUGUUCCCAUAACACCAUAGGGGUGCCUUCCGCCGAAGAAUUAAUUACGUCUGGAUUUUCGGAAAUCAGUAAGAUCCCUAAAAUGUAUUGUUUUUUCUAAUGAAUUUAUGUGCGUGAAAUAUUGACAUCCAUCUCAAACAAAAAUCUUUAUGCACAAUAUACAGUGGAACCCCGCCUUACGGCCACCUUGGUAAUACAGUCAUCUCGUUAUUACGGCCACAAAAACAACCAUACAUUUACCUGGAAAGAAACCCCCGUAAAUAUUGUCAUCUUUUUAUUGUGACCAAAUUUUUUUGACCCAUUGGUGACCGUAUUAACGGGUUUCCACUGUGUCUCCUUUUUGGGGUUCAUGCUUGAUUGGCUUUUAAAUCGUAUUGAACUUAAGGCGGGUUUUCAUAACACCCAAGCUCGGAACACGUGACAAACCCCUAAGAAUGUCUGCGUGGGAGUGUCCCAGAUUUGAAGUUAUUGCCACGUGAGUGGCAGUAUCCUAGGUGGUGACUGAUCAAGUUAUUGUAGGGAAGGAAAGGUUGCAGACCAUUUGCACAAAUCUUGGAAGCAAGUCUGUCUGUUCCUCAAAAAUGCUUCUUUUGUUCUAGUUUCCCCCAUUUGUCCCCAGCCAUCCCAGAUGAUCAAAGAUGUCUAUGAUUUUUUGCAUUCUUUAUUGCCUGUCCCUCCCCUCCCUCAAACAUAUGGAUCUGGUCGGCAGGGAUUUUGAAAACCCGACUUUAACUGACCGGUCUGGUCUUUUCCCUUUCAACAGUCUCAACAUGGCAUGUGUCCGUCAAACCCAGAGGACUAGGUACUAGUAAAAAUCUCGCUGGUCAGUAUGAUCUGCAGCUGACUAGUGACUCGUUAAAACUGGUGAUUAAAGAUACAAGAGAUGCAGCAGUGGAACUUAAGCUUGUCAACAUUAGACGGUGUGGGCAUACAGACUGUUUUUUCUUUAUGGAACUUGGUCGAUCUGCAGUGACUGGUGCUGGUGAGAUGUGGAUCCAAGUGGAUGAUCAGGUUAUUGCACAGAACAUGAAUGAGGCUAUACUGGGGUAAGUAAACUCUUUGUUUUGUUUGGGUAGCAAGGGUGGCACAGUGUGAAGAGCACUCAUCUCCCACCAAUAUGUGGGUUGAGUUUGUUGUUGGUUCUCUCCCUUGCUAUGAGAGGUUUUCCUUAGGUAAUUGUCUAGUUUUCCCCUUCCCUCCAAAACCAACACUUUGAAAUUCCAGUUUGGUCUAGAACACACAGACAGGUGUAAAGAAGUUCUUAAGAACUCCUAAGUGCUUCAUGGAUAAACAGUUACCAAAAAAAAAUGUUUUCAUCUUGUCUCUUGUCUGCUUUAUUGUCUGUGCCAACUUCUGCUGACUUAAAUUUAGAGAUUUUCCAUUUUGUACAAAUUUCAGCAGGAAACUGUAACUUGAAUUUUGGAUUAGGAUAAUUUUGGGAAAAUCUGGAAUUUACAUGUCAGCUAUUUAAUAAUACACAAAAGUUAUGUCAGGAGUUUUUCUGACCCAUUCAGUGGGAUAUGACCGGCCAACUGAAAGCUCGUCCCCAUAAAUGGUCACUGUUUGUGUACAAUUAAUAAUACACUAACAUAUAUUACUUGCCAUUACAUCCUCUAGGGUAAUGCAGAAUAUAUCUGACAUACCACAAAAAUCCAGACGCCGUUGUGCUAGUGAGGGGAAAAGGGGGAAGGGCCGGCCACGCCCUGUUUCAGCCGUCCUUUACCCACCCAACCGUGUCCGCGCAGACACAGAGCCAAGUUCCCCGCUGUCAUCAUAUCGUGUUGGCUUGGCAAGUUCCGCUAAAAAUUUGUCACUGAGUGAGAGCCCUAAGAAUAAACCAUCGCCUGGUCUGAAUCGCUUCCUACCUCGUCGAAAAUCAAAGGAUGGUAAGUUAUCAUUGUGUGUCCAAGUAAUGCAAGUGAUAUCCAGGUGAUUGGCAUACUAGACCGUUCACAGUCCCCUAUUUUUUCGUAAGAUUGUCAGGAUAGAGCGCUUCCCGGUACGGACGUCCAUCUUAGUUUCCUGUGUACCGAGGGGGCGGGCGACGGGGUUUAUAGCGGUGGGUGGUGGGAGGCGAGAAACGCCUCCUCCCAAUCCGUCCUCUGCUCCCUUAUUCGGCACUCAUUGCAUCCAAGAUUGCCGUCCGUCAUGCAAAGCGCUCAAUGUCGAAAGUCUUACGGAAAAAUAGGGGACUGUGAACAGUCUGUUAGCAUAGAAAACGACCCCAACCCCCCAAAAAGGGUUUGGGACAGCCAUCACUGUUUUAUAAGAAAUUUUUGUCUUUUCAAACAGUUUCAAGCGUGGAUAGCUCAAACAGUAAUCAAGAAGAGACAAACUCAGAUUUCAAUGACAAGGUGUUGGUCAAGCCAUAUUCAAGCAGUCGUCCAUCAUCCGAGGAAAGAGAUGUUCAACCAGGUACUAGACACAGAGCGUGCAAAUGCCAGAAAAAUGCGGUCUGUCUAGGGUGCCGUCCACACGUAUUCGUUUUUCUUUGAAAACGGAGAGUUUUCAGUUUGACCUUCCGUCCACACGUAUCCAGUAAAAACGGUCACCCAAAGCGCAUCUUUUGAAAAACGCUGUUCAGAGUGUAGCCAGCGCUACAGACGAAACUAAACUCUGGUUAAGUCCGUCUGCGAAACAGCACCGAAAUUCUUGUUCUGGGCCCGCACCUGUGUACCAGGAUUUGAGUAUGUGCCAUGAUUGACCCGUUUAAAAAAGCCAUUGUCAAUUCGCCAAUCAGGAUGAAAGGAUAUACGAAACGUACUUCCGGUAAUUCGUUGAGUCCGUUGGGGGCCUAGAAAAAACUGUGGGCGCUGUUCUGUAGACGUUACUAACCGAGUUUAAAUGACGUCUGCAAUGCAGGCUAUCUAGACUGUUCACAGUCCUGUAUUUGUCCGUAAGAUCGUCGAGAUCAAGCGCUUUGUGUUACGGGUGCCAUCUUGCAUGAGUGUCAAAACUACUUAGUGGGCGGGGGCGGUUUCCCCUCGGUACAUUUGAAAAUCAAGAUGGCCGCCAUUGACGGUAAGACGGGCGAUAUCUCGACGAUCCCACGAAAAAAUAGGGGACUGUGAACAGUCUACAGGCUAUCCAGAGUAGAGAUUUUUGAAAACACCGUUUUGUACCCCUGUGGAUGGAUUAAAACGGACGAUUUUAAAAACGAUCACGUUACGGUGUUGGGUACUAAAAAACGCGCAUGUCACGCCCAUCAAAAAUCCCGGAUUUUCAAGCUCCUUUGCCUGUUCUUGUGGAGAGACAACAAGUUUAAAAAAACGCAACAUGUGGACGCGGAUGUUUUUGAAAACGGAGAAAAGAGCAUCUUUUUUCAAACAAAAACGGAUGCGUGUGGACGGCGUUUAAUCGUUUCACUCUCAGUCUUGUAAGCUGGUUCUAACUUUUGAGUCCGUGGACACUGUCCUCCGGUGUGACCAUUGAAAUGUUACCUCUUUGACAGUACUUUCACUUGGUGUCAUUUGUUUUUCAACAUUUUACAAAAUGACAAAAUGAAGUUUUGAUUUUUUUAUUUUGUCUUGUCUGAUUUUGAAAGUGACUUUCGUUCUGUUUGCCCGUACUAUUGCACUUUCCCAAACAGAAUUUCUUUUUUAAGGUUACAAAUGACUUACAAGGGUUGUCUUUCUACAGAGUAUGUGAACUUUGGAGCAGAAAGUAUUGAAGACACACUCAGUUCUGAGGAUUACAUGAAGAUGGCGCUAGACAGGGUAAGCUUAAAGGAGAGAGUCCCUCUUUUAAUUGGGUAGUUGAAUUGCACGGUUCUUGCUCUUACAGGGUGCGUUUGAUUUGACCGUUUUCCGGAAUAAGACGAGACCGAAAUUUUGUUACAAAAUUCAAUUCAGAACAACACUUUUGUACAACUGGAAUUCUACAUGCAUCUUGAUACUGUAUUGCAACCCGGUCUGCAGUUGUUACGAUGUGAUAAAUUGAGAGCCUGAGUAAAAAACAGGAAAACCGUCUCUAAGCUUUGUCGCGAUUAUUCCAACUUGUUAAGAAUCCGCAAGUGGAAUUUUUAUGACAAAUUCUUGGGCACCGAACCUUAUAUUUGAAAAGUUGAAACCGGUUUCAAGUCACUUUGUUUGCGGGGCUUCGUCCAUACGAGGCCGCACACAACUUUUGCAAAUGUUUACGUCAAAACGAUAUCCACAUUGGAGAUUGUUUACAAAGUGGUAUGUUCACGGUCAUUUCGGCGUGGACGAAAGCCAUGCACGCGUAAGUUAGUAUGAGGACGUAACCUAAAAGUGUGGAGUCUCGGUUUUGCAGAAAAAUUGGUAGUUAGGCAACUGUAGCUCCUUACCUGAGACGGCUAGGGCGUCAAAAACAAAUGAUUCGAAACAACAUCCCUUCACGUGCAUCACAUUUUGAGCCUUAAUUUGCACGUGCGCCGCUUUUGCACGUGCAUCACACUUGUUUUGUACAUGGCUUUGGCGUUUUUGACGUACAAACAAAGACGAAUUUCUCUUAAUAGUUUUGGAUGCGGAUGUAGACCCGCUUAGAAUUCAACUCAAGGAAUACUUCAGCCGACGUUUUUAUUGCAUGUUGGGCCUGCUUAAGCUCCCCAAAGCUUCUUUCACAACAUGGAGUGAAUUUUACCACUUUGCGUCCAUGUUAAAAAUAUAAUCAUGAUUUUUGAGUAGAAAUCCAUUGUUUUUAAUCUACUUCGUUACUCACGUUUCGUUCUUUAUCAAUUAAUCAUCGACCGACCUAUAUUGUUAUCUAUGCCUUGUUUUACUUAGAAUUAUUUUAGACUCCGGGAUAUACAGUCGACUCCCGAUAACUCGAACCCGCUAAAACUCGAACCUCCCGCUAACUCGAAGCAAUUUUCAUUUCCCUUCAGAUCGUUUUCUAUAUAAUUUUACCUUCGAUAACUCGAACUUUUUUCUAUUUCCCUUGAAGGUUCGAAUUAUCGGGAGUCGACUGUAUAUGAAACACAACCCUGAUUUUUGUUAGCUUAUACAUACCCGGGCGGUGCAAUCAAAGUUUGCGUUGUAUUCAGUUGGCUUUAAAAAAUCCCCGGCAUUGCCGUUUAUGGGAUUUUGCUAUGGUAACGUGGUUGUCAAUAGAGUGACUGAAGGCCCCAAGAAUUACUGCGUCGUUGCUUGUGGUUGCGUGCCAGUGUGAUAUUGUGCACAAAGGUUCACCAGGCGAGAUCCAGACGUGGUCACACUGCACGGCAUUUAUGCGCAACAAUUGUUGAGCGGCCGCCAAGCUUAGGAUAUGCCACAUUUUUGGUCAGCGGUUAAACUGGAUAUAGAAAUUUGAUUGGCUGAACAUUGAAACUCCAGGAAAAAUUUACUACAUCGGAGAGUUAAGCUUUAUGUUUAAACAAGAGAACACGAACUUCGACAGUUAAUCCUGUGGAUGUAUUAAAAUGACCAUAUAGUCUACUGAAGGCUUAUCGACCUCUUUUUUGAAUUUUAUCCCUUCUUUUCCAAUAGCGACAUAGCUGUGACUCAUACCUAGACAUGGACCUGUCAAAAGCUAAGGCCAUGAAAGCGGCGAGAGACCAGGAUUCACAAGAAACGACAAAGUCGACACAGACCGCCCGUGAAGGGGGAUACAUGGAUAUGACGUCACCAAGACAACAAGAGGAGAACCACGUGACACCAAAGCUUCAAAACUCGGGCAUUGUACGUCAAAAGAAAACUUCAUCACCUAGGCUACUGCGGGCCAAUGAGAGCCCCCUGCCAAAUAAACCAGACAUUCGUGAGUUUGUUUCUCUGAAGAAAUCGCCUUCUUCAUCUCGAAGGAAUUCAAGUCAAGAUUACAUCACCAUGAGCCCUGUAGGAGUACGAAAAGAACAGACUCCAAUAUACAUGAACUUUGUCCCCCCGGGUCAGAAACUCUCAAGAAACUCGUCAAGUUCAGAAUCGAUCACCAACGACAAGGAGCACCCUGUGUAUGUGAACUUUACACCUGGAGAGAACCUCGAAAAAGCGGGAAGGCGGCUGGAAUCUCACAGCCCAAAGAAAUGUCCUGAAAUUUCGGUUGAUUCUUCGCCUUACGAAGAAAUGCACUGUUAUGUUAAUUUCAGUCCCUACAAAAAACGCGAUCAAAUUUCUGUGCCCAACAAUUUUAGAAAACACAGCUUGGAAUCCAUACUUACCGAACCGUCACGUGAAUAUGUCAACGUUGAUCUCAGCGGUAUCGCAAAAAGCAAAAGCGCAGUAGACAUGCCUGAAUACGUGAACUUUACUCCAGGGAGGCGAUUUGAAAACGGUAAAAGGGACAGCGUCGGAUCUAGUGGGGAGAUAGAUAGCAACGUGCAACAAGAGGUCGAUUACGUCAAUUAUUCACCAGGUAAACUUGACGUCAAACAUAGCAAAUGGCGUAGGUCCCCUCGUUAUGGAAGACGGGAAAGUGAGCCAGCGUUGUUACGUCCAAGUAGUCGUGAUUUCAGGUCGGUUGCACAUUCAGCUAAAGAAAACGACGAAUCUGCUGAGCUUCAUUACAUAGUGCUUGAUUUAAGUAAAAACGAGAAGGAUGGCUCAGAUUCGCCUUCCCGUCGAAGCUCGCGGCCGCCAAAAAUUGAUUUAAGCUCUUGUAGCCGCGCGGCGGCGCCUGGACCAAAAUCUGCGCCCUUGGUAAGUCCUUAUGCUGAGGUAGAUUUUACAAAGUCUCAUGGGAUCAGGCAGGCGAGGCAAGAGAUGAGAGUGCCUGCCAACACAGCGGUGUAAAAUUGGGGGUCAAGAGUGGAGUGGGCUAUAUUUUACGACAGGAGUGGUCUAGGCCAUUUACCGAGAUUUAUUUCCACUGACGCAUUCAGCAAUAAACUAUGGCGUAAGCUAUACAUAGAAAGGAAGUCAUCCUGCAGUUUUCAUUUGAAUGCCCACGCCAGAGAAUUUUACGCAGAGGAUCAAGAGGUAAAACCGCCUUGUACAACAUGAUAAACAGUACUUCGGGAAAGAACUGCUCAGUGCCUUUCAUUUGAAUGCUCACAUCAAAGGAAACCUCUCCUUAGGAAAGUGCUGCUUAGUAGCCCUCAUUUGAAUGGUCACACCUAGUAUUACAUCCACAAAAUCAAUGGCAAUGGUUUGUUGGAGACGCACUUAUCCCUCCCCUCUUUUUUUUCUGGUCUUACCGACCGGACCGGUAUUCCCUUAGUGUUUCGUACAGCCAUUAUUUGACUUAUUUGAGUUGUCACGCAACGCCCCUCAGCUAUUAUUUCUUGGGGACGCGUUGCGUUAUUGCGUGACGACCAAAGUAACUCCGCGUUAGAAACUAUCGCCUUAGCCUAUGACACACGAAAAUUUUGCUGAACUGCUCUCUCACUAUCAAUUCUAGGAGCUUGGGACUAUUGUUUUUCCCAGCUCAAAUUUCAGGUUAAGAACAGUUUUGAUGGCAGUUAUAACUGGUUCUUAUUCUAUGUAACGCAUUGAUUUUCACAUUCGAGGAACAUGAUUUACUCGUUCCUCAUAUCUCUAAUUUUAAGGGGGUAAUGUUAAUUGUGUGGGAUGUAAUGAGCCUAGCAUCCAGUUUCACGCGAUCAAUGUUUAAAAUUUUUUUAGAAGAGGAACUGUAAAUACUUAAGAGGAAUUUCUCAAAUUUAUUAUUAAAGAUAAUUAAGGAUGGGAUAAGCACGGGGAUAUAUUGAAAGACUGCACAAUUUAUUCUAAGAAUGUGUGAGUGAAGAUUAUGAGGAAAACACUUCUGAAUUGUUUUUCGCUACUAAGGUUUUUUUUACUGACACACAUUUUCAUACGUUCACAGGCACGGUUAUAAUUUCUUUAUAGCUCAUAAGUUGUGAAAUAGUUAAUUGACCCACACUUGCCAUAGAGACAAUUAUUGAAUUUUAAUAAUUGUAUAAGUUAUUUUGUACAAACAUAAUGCUGAUGUAACUAUUUUUUAAAGUGGCUGGUGUAAAUUUAAAUAAAGAUUAAUCUCAAUUUUCCCACGUUA